GCGGGGCGGAGAGGAGGGGACCGGGGGGACCCGGUAUCCAUGUGCGGCCCUCCCGGGAGCUCGGCAUGACUCGUCCCUGCGCGAUGCCCGUCCCGGAAGGCGGCUGUGGGAGGGAUGUUGUCGAACAGGGGUAACCGCACGCGGUUUUUUGGCCUCGGUGCGCCCCCGGCCGCCCUUGCGGUGUGAUUAAGCACCGUAUCCACCUGUGUGCGGUAGGUAAAGAGCGUAACCAAAGUGGGGCAUCUCGCCCAGAGCGAGCUGUCGCAGUGUACAGCGUUUGCACGGCAGCGUCCCGGCUGGAUCCAGCUGACCCGCUCAAGAGGAAGUUCCUGGGCAUGGUCUCCGAACCUGUUGGCCAGCUGAGCUUAGCGUUCGAGUGUGCCUUCUGACAAAGGGGGAAUCUAGGAUAACAUGGCCCAUAUUUUCAUUGAUAAAAGGCUUUUGGGUGCUCACCAUCAUAAAGAACGUGCAGCUUCUUAAGAGAUAUAAAUAUUGCAGGGUUUGGCUUGCCCGGAUCUGUCUCUCUCUUGCUCCAGCUUAUGGUGGGAGAACGUCUAUUAAAACCUCUGGCACAGCCGUUUUUGGGGGAAAAGUUCAGCUGGAAUUGAUUAGGGAUUUGUGACCUUUAAUUAAUCGUUAAUAAAUGUAGGUGGUCGAUCUUUCACGCCGGCUAAACCUAUUUCAUUUAAGCCAUAUUUUUUCCUGUGUAUUUUGUGCCAAUUAAACCAGAGUUUGGUUUAUAUUUAGGAUAAUUCAUAGAGAAGAGUUGAAGGUACUUGGUGUUUAUCUCCUGUGAGGCUAGCAGUCUGUGAGCAGCGUGCUACAUCCACAGCUGACCACCAAGCUCUGGAGCACGAGAAAAGAGCGUUUGCUUCUCUCUAUGUGAUAACCAUGAGCCUGUGUCCUGCUGCAGUUCUGGUUUCUCCCAAAAAGCACUCAGCACAUUUGACAAAAACACAAGCAGCACUGUAUUCUCCUUGUGCAUCAUAGGUACCAGUAUUACUGUAGUGGUGCUCUGUCUCUGAAGAUGGAGCAGUUUCAGCUAACAGAAUUUUCAACUAACCUCCUGUUCAGAUUCCUGUGAAAUACACAACAUAAGUACCUGCAUAAAUUUAUGCCUUUUGAUUAAUUUUUUUAAACGUAAAUACUAUUUAUUGCUGGUUUAGACCCAUUACUUAUCUAGACUAGUUUCUUGCUUUGAACUUUUGAUCCCUGACUAAUCAGGUGAAACUCUUCAAAUUCACACCCUUUGAAGUAGAUUAUGUCCUGCUACUGAGCAAGUGGGUGGUGUGAAUAGAGCUCCAGUUUCACAACUUAAAAUUGUCAGUGCAGCUCACUGGAAACCAGUACCAAAAUCACUAGCUGGAGAACAGUUUGUGUUGGCUCUUUCAGUGUUGAUAUUAGCAUGGACAGAGGACUUGCAUAAUUCUCUAGCACAGAGAGUCAGGAUGUAAAAAACAAUGAUGAGUACUGCCAUGGUCAUGGAAACACUGAAAAGGCUUAGAACCUACUGAGGAGGCUGCCUGGUUCGCCCAUGUUCUCCCAUGGUUAGUCUAAGCAUGAUAGGUGUAAACUGUGGAUGGCUUCAGAUGUGGCUGAUUUGAUGCUACAUCUUCUUCUCCCCCUGCUGCUGAAGUCAGAAGGGAGGGUGGAAAGAUUCAGGGCUAGCUUGGUUCUGUUCUUAUAAGUGAACACCCAGUCUAAGAUUACUGGCUUGCUGUCUCUCAGCUUUGUAUUUUGCAAGUUAUCCACAGGACAGAAUUCAUUCCCAAACUGUCACAAUCUUCAUCUAGAAGUUGUUCAAACUUGGUUUUACUAUAGUUCAGCAAUUUUAGCACCAAGUGAUGGAUUUAGUCUGUAUUUACCUGUCUUUGUUACAGAUACGUAAGCUGUAUUGAGCAAUUGUUGAGGUUUUCUCACAGAGUGUCCCAUUCAAACUAAAAAUGUCUGAAAUAGGAACUGUUCUCCUCCCUGUCUCCCUCCACAUGCACUUGAAAACGUUUCAUUUUAUUCAGUCUCAAUUAUUACCCUUUUCAAGUUUUCUCCAUGCCUGCUCAGUAGCAGAGCAUGUCUGUUUUCAGAGAGGAUGCUCGAGCAGGACAGAUGUGUUGAGUGAACUGAAAGACAGACACCACUGAUAAAUGCUGUUGAAUGAGUUGGUUCUUGCCAUGACACAUCAUCAGACCGCACCAACAUCCGAGGCUCUUCUGGCUUAGCCAAGCACUGUCCGCGGCAGGGAUCGCUUUUCAUCUCCAUCUCCGACCUACAGAAUCAGCAGCACAUACCGUGCUGCAGCCACCUGAGCUGGAGCACUAAUGAAUUUAAGGAAUGGUCUUACCAAGGACAAGGUGCUUUACCCAUGCAGAGCACUUUGCCAAGGACUUACCUGAUCCUGGUUGGCUAUUUAACAGAUGAAAGGCAAGGAAACAAAGAAAAGUUGGUAGAUGGUUACCUAUACGUGAAGGAUAAUACUGGGAUAAUUCCAUGUGAGCUCUUGCACUUUGAACUGGAGUGGCUGGAGUCACUGUUUGUCUUCCCAAGCUGGUCAUACAUACCACAGACCAACCAGAGAGCAGCAGGGUACUUGGAAAUCCUGGUGGAUCCAGUGCCAGUAGGUGCCCCUAAGGAAGUACUUCACAGCAUUUCAAUCACCUCCCCAGUGUCAGCUGAGCCACUGCUCAUCUCCAGGAUUCCAUGUAAGAAAAGAUCAAAGCUUACUCUAGCAGGGGAAUUAACCAGACUCGGGCCUCUCCUUCGUGUUCACCACAAGACAUUCUUCUUUCUGUUUCUGAAGUGCUUUUCCUCAGCUGCUUGUGUCCCUGUGCUGGUGCAAAAACCGAGCCAGCUGGUGUGGCAUCAUGUCUUCCAGCUGGGUCACAGGUACACAAUAACUGGCCUGAGUAAGUCUAGCCUGAAGAAAUCUGGACAAACGAUGUUUGUCACCAGUGUGUCUUCCUGCCUUCUGCCCUACUGUGCAGAGUGGGUGAGGGAGCAGCCACUGAAAAGUGCUUGGCAAGGAGAAUCCACUCAGUCUUCUUUCCUUGAGACUGCUGAGGAGCUCAGUCGCUCCUUGGAGCUGGGCGCUGCAGAGGAGACGCCAAGAUCAACCAAGGAGUCCAAGAUCAUCUCCUAUGUGGGCUUUGUCACCAAAAUACUCAAUGUCCAAGCUGGUCUCUUUUUACUGGAUAACCAAGUCUGCUUGUGCCUUGCUUACCAGCCACUGCUGAACUUUGCACAGGGACUCCGACCGGGAGCGUGCGUGGAGCUCAUCGAUGUCCACCUCCUGCAGAAGCCUCUGGUGUCCUUCCCUUUCACUGUCCUUGGUGCUUGCCUGAGCAGCAUGGUUGUGCUGAAGAGUUUUUCAAGGCUCAGCACCCCCUACCAGCCACUGGCCUCUUCAGGAAAUCUCUGCUUACAGCUGCUCUUCCGCUUCAAUCUUGGAAUGCCACUUUACCUCUGGCUGGUGAGCCUCCUGGAGAUGUUUGAGGAGAGGUUUUCUUGUUUCUUUGGGCACCGUCGACUGUGUAGCUCUGCACACCGAAACCCUGGAGCUGCUGAAAAGUUCCUUGUCCCCCUUCUGCAAGCUAUGGUGCCAGACAGCGAGGAAGCAAGAGAUAUUUAUAAUGAAAUUCUAGCAAAAAUACACCAGUGUCCCCUGCAGAAAUAUUUGACACUGAACCCUCCGUGCCAGGCCCCAUCUCUGUCUACAGUUUGCCGUGUGGCAGAACAGAGGAGCUGGGAAGGCUUCAGUCCAUCACAGUUGCUUUCCCCCUUGGAGGCACAGCAUAUGGGCACCCAGGAGCUGAAUCGCAGACUGGCCUGGUCCUACUGCACACUCUCAGCAGGAAGUUUCCAGCCCCAGCUGAUACUUCUGGGUGUGCUGAGGGUCUCCUCCAGGACCAGUUCCCUCCAGCUGCAGGACAAGAGCAGCACGCUUCCCUGUGUGAUCUCCCAUAAGGAUGGUAGCCCCUUUGCCCAGACAGCUCUCAUAGGAUCACUCUUGCAGGUGGAAAACUACCAGCUUGUAGUGGAGAGAUUCCUUAAGACUGAUUUUCCCUCCUGGGAACACCUGGAAAAUCUGAAGCAUGUGAGAGAGAAAAAAACUAGUGUCUAUGUGCAGUUCUACUUUGAGGAUGUUCAGGUUCUCCAUGCUGCUGAAGGACAAAUCCAGAAAGGCCUUAGGAGUGGAAACAGCUCCUCUUUGAGGAAGAAGACAGAUGGCAGCACAAGGCUGGAAACCCCAGAGGCAAAAAUGCUGAAAUUGGAGGAUCCCAAGGCAGAUACUGGCAGAGAUGAGAACUGUCAGGGGGGCCAGGGCAGCACCAGAACAACGAGCUGUGUAUCUCACCUGUUCUUGGUUACCCAGAAAGAGGGCCUCAUGUCGCGCAAUUACCAACCGCCCGGAGAAGAAGAUAAAGAAGCACAGCUAAAGGAGCUGCAGCGCAGUUUCCAAGCCACAGUGCUGUGGCUGGGCAGACCAUGUCUCUGGGACCACCCCAGAGAAAUUGGGAAUCUACCAGAGCUGGAGGAGACUGGCUGUAAUGGAGAAGAGGGCGUGACACAGCAAGAAGCACUGCUACUCUUCAUGGGAAAGUCUCUGCGAUGGUUUCCAUUCCUGCAUGUGGAUGGACUGUAUCGCUUCAUUGUGCCCUGCUGCUCGGACUUGGAAGUGUUUGACAAGCUCUGUUUUCCACCUGUGCCAGCAACAUUCCCGAACAGGCCAUCCUGCCCCCUGUGCCUGCCUGUCCAAGAUAGCUGGUACUUACAGCAUGAGACCUGGAUCUCCUGUCUGCCUGAGUGCCAGCUGACAGCUGUGUCAGUGCUGACAGGCAUGGACCAGAGGACUUCCUCCAUUCCAGAAGUCCUUAGCAGCAGUUUCACAGGUUCCCUUGUUUCUUUCUGUGGUGAGGUCAUGGAGAGGACCUUGUGUGCCUCUCCCAAGAAUGAGAAGCCACCUGUGACUGUUGGCCUUCCAAAGCAGAAAGAGACUCUGCUGUCCAGGGAUCACAGUGUGAAGCUCAGUGUCUCAGCUGCUCCAGGCUCUCCUGUUGUGAUGGACGUUUACAUUACUGCCACCUACCUGCAGCAUCUCUGGGGUUUGCUACCUGGAGCCAAGAUCCUCUUCCAGAAUUUGGAACGCAAGAUCUCAAGAUUCCAUAAUGUUUAUUGCACAUACAUUGCCUCCAGCUGUGUGAGCAUCGUAUCUCUGCCAGCUUCUCACGUACCUUUUCCUUCUAGUCCUGCAGGAGAAGCCUCAUCCCCCUCACUAGUAUUUCUAUCCAGUUUGAGAUCUCAGCUGCAAAACCUGCUCCAGGCCCGGAUUUUAUGCCACUUGUCCUGUGUAUUGACUGUGUGCCUGCAGUGGGUUUGCUCACUUUGCAGCUGCAUCUUCAAGGAGGGGAGAUGCACCCGACACAAUCCUCCCUGUCCAUCACAAACAGGAGUGAGGCAAGCCAGUGCACGGGUGCUGGUGGAGGACGGAACAGGUGAAGCUGUGGUGCUGUGCAGGAAUGAACAUGUGGCAGCAGUGCUGGGCCUGAGCCUUCUCGAGUGGGAAGCUGUGCAGAACUGUGUGCAGAGCAGGGGCAGCGUGUGCAUUCAGCAUGGGGAAGCUCCUGGCACAGGGUGUCUAGAAGAACCUGAGGAUCUCGUUGCUUGCUACCUAAGGAGUCUGUGCAGGAGUCCUCUCAUAUGUCGCCCUAUCCUGUUGGAUUUCAGUCUCGACAGGAAGCCCUCCAAGAUCCUGCAGCCUGCUCCCCUGCAGCUGCGGAAUUUUCGCUGUGGUGAAGUGGAGUUCGUGUCACAAGUGGGGCCUCGUCCGAGCCUGCUGUGCCUCAAGGUGGAGGAAGUGGGACAAGAUGCCUUACGCUACCUGAACAGCCAGAGGAUGAGGAGGACAUCCAGUUCCUGCUGAGUGGGAGCCACUGCUUAAUAUCUCUCCCAGUGGGAGAGGAAUUAUGGAAAUACCUACUGGGAGCAGGAGCUUUUAAAAUCUCCUUUCCAGUGGGAGCACGAGCCUGUGAGCACAGGGUGCAGACAAGCAGCUGCUGUGACUUGCGGAUUUCCUGAAUGGCCACUCUGGGCCAUUGUCGACCAGUGAUACUGGGCUACAUUUUGGAAGAGAGAUGUUCAGUGCUCCCUAUGUGACAGCUAUUGCCUUGGGCCUGGGGCACACAAUGUGUGCAUUUUGUGUGGUAGUAUCUACUAAAUAAAGCUAUUAAAAUAUUACUUAAAGAA